CCAAAUCAGUUCGAUGAAGUGUCGCGGUGGCUCUGACCAUCAACGGCGGCGCUCCACCACACCAGCAACCAUUUCUUCGAAAUCAUCCUCUCUCUCUUUCUCUUCAACUCUGCGGUUCUAUUUUUACUUUUCGAUUUCGAUAUGGCAGGUGCUUCUGGCGGCGGCAGUGGCAGGAUCAACCGGACUGGUCGCAAAGCGCAUUUUGGUGCCCGGUGUAAACUCUGAUGAAACUACAGAAGAACCGAAGAAAUGUGAUGAGAGUUGCGGAGAUCGAGAGGAAUCUGAAGGCAUUACGGAAGAAAACAAGGAGUCGGAGCUGUGGGUAAAUAUGUUGAAGUGCGGAAUUGUGGUAGACAUUUGGCGAUGGAGCCAAAAAAGAGUUCGGAGAGGUUUUCUGUUUGUUUGAAGAAGAGGGAACUAGUAAGAACUAGGCACUGCCAAGUGUGAAUCCUGCCAUUCCAAAGGAGACUUAGCCCACCCAGGCCAGCUCCAAAGGACCAAGAAUUUAACCCUGGACUCCGAACAUUCCUAACCCAAGCCUAAGGCACCCCCUUGGUCAAGGUUUUAUCUAGUGAAUUACAUGCUUAUCUAUAGCAUGGAGCUGUACCAGCUGAACUGGAUCAGAAACUGCCAUUUGCUUAUUGAACCGCAGGAGAGUCAAAUUGUCGAGCUGGAAUCUGAACUGCAUGGUGCCCAAAGCGGACUUCAUUCUUAGUAAUCAUGAACCUUCACAAUGGUAGUCGAUGUGGGACUCCCCACCAACAAUCUUCCCCUUGAACAAAGUAUACACUAUAGAGCUUGCGCUAAGACAUAUGGAUUCCUCGAAUAGCCUUCUCUUAAUUGAGCCUCGACUCCUUUCUCCGGAGUCCUCAAACAAAGUACACCCUUUGUUUGACGUUGAGUCACUUUUUGACUACGCCUUCAAGACUCAUAAUUUCUUUGUUCGACAGUUGAGAUUAUUCCAAUAGAGAUCGUACUCGAGCAUAUGAGAUAUAGAGCACUUGACUGAAUGAUUCUCUGUUGAGUUUGAUAGCCUCACCAGGAUGGAAGCCAGCAAUAAGCUGCCAUGCUGGAGGAGACACCGACAUGCUGUGCUGGAAUUUUAUUGACACGUGUACCCGCUUACUCUCUAGAAGCAAGAAUUUCUUCUUGACGUGUACAAAGUGAAGAACUCUGCCGGGAACCUCCCAUUUGCUCGGCGCCGACUGCGGUGAGAGGAACCAAAAGAAAGCUCUGGAGAAGAAUUUGUGAGAGGAGGAGGACGAGGGUUUUUGAAAAUGAAGCCAUCGGCGAAGCCGAUAUCUAGUCCGGGCCGGACGGAGAAAUUCCCGCCGCCAUUGAUGAGGUUUUUGAGGAGCAAUGUGGGAAGCAAAAGCAGAGGAAGGCGUUCGAGUCCGAUGAUGUUCAUGAGGAAGAAGAACAACGCCCAUGAAACCCAAGAGCCUUCUUCCCCUAAAGUCACUUGUAUUGGCCAAGUCCGAGUUCGCCGCUCCUCUACGCGCCGCCGCAAACGUCGAUGUGCCUCCACGCGCCGCCGUUGCUGCUGGUUCCGUGCUGCCCUGUUUUGUCCCUGGUUUCGAAGAAAAAAUAAACCCAAUUCUUAUCCGAUUUUCCAGAGAUGGGUCUCGUUUUUCCAAGGUGGGUUCCGUCGAAAACCCAAAAUUAAAAUAGAUUCGCCGCCGCCGCCGCCGCCGCCGCGUGAAACUCCCUUCUACGGCAGAGCUGAAAUUUCAAACCCAAUUACCCAAGUUGCCGCCGCCGUCCACGACGAUGAUGAAGAAGCAACAGCCAAAGCUUUUAUUCCUUCUAAUUCUUCGCCACCCAAAAAUGCAUUGUUACUAACAAGAUGCAGAUCUGCUCCAUAUCGAUCGACAUCAUUAGCGAGUAGAUUCUGGGGCUCUCCUCUGAGAAACGACGAAAAUAUGAAAGAAGAAGAAGAAGAAGAAGAAGAAGAAGACGAGGAACAUAGCACAAAGCCCAACAAUGGCGGAAAAGCAGUCGAGACUGAGAAACCCACAUCCCAAAGAGCCUCAGUUUCGGAUCAAGAUCCAAGCGGGGGCUUAGAAUUCGAGGAAGACGAGGAAUUUGUGCAGAACAUAGAGAAUUCCACCACAGAAAGAAUCACCAAAUCCGCCAUUAUCGAACGAGAAAAAGCAGGGGAUGAUGAAGAUGGGCUUGGAAGUUCAUCCCGGCCAUUAAUUUUGACACGUUGCAAAUCAGAACCGUCGAGAACGGCGGAGAAGAUGAACCCAGAAAUUGGAUUCUGGAAAAAGAGAAGGCUGGGGAUUCCUGAUUCAUGCUUACCAAACACAAUUCAUGAUAUACAGUAAGUGUUCCCUUUUUCUUUUUUUCUUUUUUUCUUUUUUAUUUAUAGAAAAACAUGAAUAUUGAUAUAUAUAUUUUUUGGUUCUUCUGUAAAUCUUGUGGUUUAUGAACAAUCUUUGAACUGUUAAUGGGUUUGGUUUUAGUUCAGUUUAGUGGUUCUUUCAAUUUGUGAAGACAGUUGGAGGAGUGAUGGGAAGUGAGGGAAUUUAAAUAAAGCAUCUUUGGAUA